AAGUUAUGACCGGAAGUUACAGGUUUUUCAGGCUCAUGUUGAAAUCUGCUGCUCACAAACACAUUAAAGCUAUUUCCUGCUGGAAUCUAAGUGCUCGACAUGAAAAAUCAGGAGGCGGAGGAGUCUGGCAUUGAGGAAACUCCACCUGGAGCUGCCGGACCACAGGACCCACAAACACAAGCCCCCCCACAGAGCCACGAGGGACAAAGUGAAGCUGCAGACGCCGCUCCGCUGCAGUGUGACGUGGCCGAGGAGCUGAGCCGGCAGCUCGAGGACAUCCUCAGCACCUACUGCCGGGAAACCAUCUCCGAGGUCAACGGCCAGCCUCACAGCCCGGCGCUCAACGGACUGACGAGCGAGAAGGAAGACGACAAGCAGGAGGAAGGAAAGGCCGCCAGCGGUGACGGUGGAGCAGAGAAGAAGACUCAGGAGAAGAAGAAGGUGAAGGGUCUGGGGAAAGAGAUCACCCUGCUCAUGCAGACCCUCAACACUUUGAGCACUCCGGAGGAGAAGCUCGCCGGUCUCUGCAAGAAGUACGCCGACCUGGUGGAGGAGCACCGUAACACCCAGAAGCAGAUGAAGGUGCUGCAGAAGAAGCAGGCCCAGCUGGUCCAGGAGAAGGACAACCUGAGGAACGAACACAGCAAGGCCAUCCUGGCCCGCAGCAAGCUGGAGAGUCUGUGCAGGGAGCUGCAGAGACACAACCGGACCCUGAAGGAGGAAGGAGUGCAGAGAACCCGUCUGGAGGAGGAGAAAAGGAAAGAGGUGACAUCUCACUUCCAGUCGACGCUGAACGACAUCCAGGCUCAGAUGGAGCAGCACAACCGAAGGAACGCCAGCCUCCGGCAGGAGAACGCAGAGCUGGGCGAGAAGCUCAAGAAGCUGUACGAGCAGUACAAGCUGCGGGAGGAGCACAUAGACAAAGUGGUGAAGCACAAAGACCUGCAGCAGCAGCUGGUGGACGCCAAGCUGCACCAGGCGCAGGAGCUGCUGAAGGAGUCCGAGGAGCGCCACGACAGAGAAAAAGACUUUCUGCUGAAAGAAGCCGUGGAGUCUCAGAGGAUGUGCGAGCUCAUGACGCAGCAGGAGGUUCACCUGAAGCAGCAGCUGUCGCUGUACACGGAGAAGUUCGAGGAGUUUCAGAGCACGCUGUCCAAGAGCAACGAGGUCUUCACCACCUUUAAACAGGAGAUGGAGAAGAUGACCAAGAAGAUCAAGAAGCUGGAGAAGGAGACGGCCAUGUAUCGCAUGAGGUGGGAGAGCAGCAACAAAGCUCUGCUGGAGAUGGCUGAGGAGAAAGCUGUGCGCGAUCGAGACUUCGAGGCGCUGCAGGGUAAAGUCCAGCGGCUCGAGAAGCUGCGGCGGGCGCUGAAGGUCGAUCGAAACGAGCUGAAGAAAAAGGUUCAGAGCCUCGGAGGGCAAACCAGCGGCACCGCUGAAGCCCCGACCUCUGACCCAGGAACCGACUCCCCCUCCCCGCCUCCUUCAGACUCUCUGCCGGAGCCCGGCCCCGCCUGCUGCCAGCCGUGCCAGAGUGAGCCGCAGGCAGACACCCUGCAGGAGGAGGCAGACCCUCGGCCUGUUCCUGCGCCGGAGUGAAAGAGACCUGCUCACACACACACACACACACCCCGGACUCAAACCACCAGCCUACAAACCGCUGCUCCUCUGAAGCACUGAAUGAAACACACACCUUUCUAUGUUCUCGUGAACUGUGACUCCACAUGGAUUAGAACCAGCUCCAUCGUUUACACUUUUGUUUCCUGCAAAGUCAAAUAGUCGUUUUGCUUCUCGUCACGUCGUUGCACCG